CUGUAGACGGCGCCGGCGAAGCCGUUCGUUGUAAAAACAACAUCUCACCUUCAUUCUUGAGUGCCACUGCUGGAGCAUGUUACUGGGACCGACCAUGGAGCGUCUUCGCCGUCAUGUAGUCCAGCGUUAGCGCGACUACAAAAGACCGUAGAGUGGGGCUUUGGAGCGGGGUGGACGACGUGUCGCCGUCGUCGAGCCAUGGCCACGCGGGAGCAAGGAGACGCUGUGCACGGUAAAGCGCGGCACCACCACGACGGAGCCUGCAGCAACAGCCCGGACGGCUUCAGGAACGGCUACGUGAAGAGCUGCGUCACCCCCCUCAAACAGGACCACCACAGGGUUUUUUUGUUCAGCCAAGAUCUCCUGGGCUCCAAGGUCUUCAGGGUUUCCGCCAUCUACGUGGGCGCCGUAGUCGUUCUGGCGCUUUCCGCGGUGGUCUCCCGAAGCUCGCAGAGCGACUCACUGUGGGAUUUACGGACUUUGUUGACGGGCUUCUCACAGUCCGCCAGUCCCCUCUUCAGCAUCGGCUGUGCCUUCUUCUUCCUGACCUUCUACCUGAGGAAAAGGAAGCAGGAGGAGGGAAGCCACUGGUGGUGGCUUCUGUCGCUGCCGGCAUCGUGCUACCUCGGGGACUUCGUGGUGCUCCGCUUUUUGCAAUGGGGAGAGGAGCAGCACCAGAUGCAAAUGGUGGGCAGGUUGUUGUUCGUGCUGGGAUGCGUUGGGCUCCUCACGCUUGUCCCUACGCUCAAGCUCAAACACUGCGUAGUCAUCCUGCUCUUCGCCAGCGUGGUGUGGCUGCUUUCCUUCACCAGUUUAGGCGGACUGCCGCCGCUCCUCAGGCCACUGCUCGCCUGCGUCGCCGGGCUCUGCGGCUCCUUCCUGGGGCUCGGCUUCGACCAAUGUUACCCGCCCAGGGAAGCUCAGAACGCGGGUUCCGCCACGGAGGACAAGGUGCCCGUCAUCCGAGCCAGGAGACGCUCCAGUUGUGUGUCACUGGGGGAAACUUCAAGCAGUUAUUACGGCAGCUGUAAAAUGCCCCGGAGACCGUCUUUACCAUGUAUAUCCCGAGAGCAGAUGAUCUUGUGGGACUGGGAUCUAAAGCAUUGGUAUAAACCACAGUAUCAGGGUGCUGCGAGCGGCAAUGGCGUUGACCUGUCAGUCAUCAACGAGGCCAGAAACCUGGUGUCAGAACUGAUGAUGGACUCGUCCUUGUCAUCCCAAACAAUCUCAACCCUGCACGGCAUCUCCAACCUCAUGGGGACCUUCUCAGGGUCGUGCCGGCCCCGGGUCAACCCUUUCACCCCAUUCCCCGGCUUUUACCCCUGUGAUGAGAUGGAUGACUCAGUAGAGAGGAGUGAACGUAAAACCAUUAAGGGUUUGAGCAGCAGAAACAGCCUGCCUACUCCUCAGCCCAGGCGCAGUUCUACCUCCUCUUCUGUGCUGCCUCCUAUCGACACACUUUCAUCACGGUGGGAACGUAACACCGGCAAGAGAUCACCCCCUGACCUUAACUUGAUUAGCUCAGGACUGUCCAAUGGGCCAAAUGCAAACCUGCUCACCAUUCCGAAGCAAAGGUCUUCUUCUGUCACCCUUACCUACCACGCAGGGUCAAGGAGAGCAGGGAACUCUCCUAGUCUGAGUCCCAUCACCUCUCCGGGCCACAGUCCUUCAUCUGUAACCACAGGUUCUUCAUCGUCCCUGGUCACUCGGUUGCCUGUGGAAUUCCCAGACACAGCGGACUUUUUGACAAAGCCAAGUCUCAACCUGAACCUGCACAAGCCUUUGGGCUAUACGCUCAGCUCAUGUGACUUCCAGCACGCAUUCCGCAGCUCCACUUUACCUCUUUGCACCAGCUGUGGUCGUCAGAUGCCAAAGGGAGUUUCCGUCGGCGAUUCGGGGGAUCUCAAUCAGCCCUUCCUCAGCGAGGCCCAACGCAGGCUCUCAGCAGGAGAAGGGCCAGAGUUCCCAGGGGAGCUUUUAAUCAGGGAGGAGAGCAUGGAAGUGGAGCUACCUGGAGAGAUUGUGAGCACAGGGAAGCAGGGUGAUGCUGAGGAGGAACAGAGCCCCAGCACAGAGAAGCAAACUCAGGAAUUAGGGGGUGAGCAGGAGUUUCGACUUGACCCAAUGCUGGAAGACCAUGACGCCCUCAUGGAGAGGAUGAACACCUGGAACUUUCAGAUUUUUGACCUGGUAGACAAAACAGGAGGAAAGACAGGAAGAAUACUCAGCUAUGUGACUUACACCCUUUUCCAGGAUACGUGUCUGUUUGAAAUAUUCAAGAUCCCUGUGAGGGAGUUCAUGACAUACUUCUUUGCUCUGGAAAAUGGCUACAGGGACAUUCCCUAUCAUAACCGAGUCCAUGCUACCGAUGUGCUCCAUGCUGUCUGGUACCUGACCACUCGACCAAUCCCUGGGUUCCAGCAAAUCCAUAGUGAGCAUGUGACCGGAAGUGACACAGACUCAGACAGCGGGAUCUCUCCUGGGAGGAUAUCAUACGCCUCGUCCAAGAGCUCCUCGAUAUCAGAUGACAGCUAUGGCUGCCUGGCUUGGAACAUCCCUGCUCUGGAGCUCAUGGCCCUAUAUGUAGCAGCUGCAAUGCAUGACUAUGACCACCCUGGUCGCACGAAUGCCUUUUUGGUGGCCACUAAUGCGCCCCAGGCGGUGCUGUACAACGACCGCUCCGUGCUGGAAAACCAUCACGCUGCAUCGGCCUGGAACCUCUACCUAUCCCGGCCAGAGUUUAACUUCCUGGUCAACCUCGAUCAUGUGGAGUUCAAGCGCUUUCGCUUCCUGGUCAUUGAGGCCAUUCUAGCCACAGACCUCAAGAAGCACUUUGACUUCUUGGCUGAGUUCAAUUCCAAGGUCAAUGAUGUGAACAGUCCAGGAAUUGACUGGACCAAUGAGAAUGACAGACUGCUAGUGUGUCAAGUAUGUAUCAAGCUGGCAGACAUCAACGGACCGGCCAAAGUUCGCGACCUGCAUUUGAAAUGGACAGAGGGCAUUGUCAGUGAGUUUUAUGAACAGGGCGAUGAAGAAGCGGGCCUGGGCUUACCCAUCAGCCCUUUCAUGGACCGCUCCUCCCCACAGUUGGCAAAGCUCCAGGAGUCCUUUAUCACACAUAUAGUCGGCCCACUCUGUAACUCAUACGAUGCCGCAGGUUUACUUCCUGGCCAGUGGUUGAAUGGAGAUGGAUCGGAUGAAGACAAUGAGGGUCGUGUAGACUCGGACACUGAGGACGAUGAUGACGAUGAAGAGGAGGACAUGGAUGAACUGGAGGAGGAUCUGCGGCCAAAAAGGAGGAAAAGCCACCGCCAGUUUUUCUGCAGCAUCAUGCAGCACCUGACUGAGAACCAUAAAGUGUGGAAGAAGGUCAUUGAGGAAGAGGAGAAGAGCAAAGAUGAGCAGCAGCAGCCUGACAGCCUGUCGGCCAGCAUGCCCAUGUCGCCUUCAGAUGACAUUCAGGUCAUCCAGGAGGAGGAAGAAGGGGAGGAGCGUCAGUAGCACCACCAGUGUGGAAGAGGAAGCAGAAGGGGCUGCAAAAGAGAAAGUCCUACACCCAAUAGCCUUUCACUCACUGACAUGCACAUAAAUAACAUUUUUCACUCACACGCUGAACACUGUGCAGUCAAUUUUUGGAGAAACAAACAAAAAAAAAAGGCCUUACCACUGUGAGCGAAUCCUUGCUGCAACAGUGGGAGUCCAACUCCUAUGCACUUUCAUCCCCUUGGACACUCCCGGAGCAGCUCAAACAAGAAGACAAAGCAUCCAUCACAAGUGAGGUCACAGGUGCGGAAGAAGAGCAUCAGAUUCCUGGGAGGACCUUGGAUGUCCUUGUUCUUUGACCAUGCCUUGAAUAUGUAGCGCUUACACCUCCCUUAGGUACAAAACAAGUCGCGACUAUUUAAAAAAAAAAGAGAGAGAGAGCGAAAAAACACAAGGGGUAAGAACCAAGAAAGCAACAUGGAGACGCCAUUGAUGCCCUUUACCAAAGUGAACUGUUCACAUGUGGAAAGAUGAGACAGAGACUCUUUCAGCCUCAGUUUCAGGUUUUUUUUUACACAUAUGUAUGUAUGUGUGUAUAGAUAGAUAUACAUGGUAUAUAUCAGAUGUGCCUAUCUGAACCUUUAACGAGUCCAUAUUGGCCCAGAGCCUUGGCUUGUGUAGUUCUUUCUCCUCGCUGGUGACACGAAAACACUGUAUGACACUCAGUCACAGAGACAUGAUUUGAAUUGUCGACUGAUGAUUAGCAUUAUUAUAUCUGCAUCAUUUUGGAUGCCGUUACUCAUUUGUGCCACCCCCUUUUGUUUUGGGUUUUUUCCCUUUGCUAUAAUGUGUUUUUUCUUUUUUUUCUGUAAUGUGUGAUUAUCUUUUGGUAAGAAUGUGAGAGAACGUUUUGAGAAAGAGAGCACAUUUUUUAAUUAUUUUUUAAGUACGUGAUUAGUGUGUAUGCUUUUGUGCUUUCAUUAAUGUCCUCUUAGUGUCAUUCAGGUCAGGAAUGCCGUCUCAAUGAAUGGAUUUUUAAUUUCCUGUUGAUUCGUAUGUUUAAAAAAAAAAGGUUACUCAGGAUUCAUGCAAAGAUGACUUUGCAUGAAUUAAUUUCAUUAAGAGUGAAUAGAUUUUCACGAGGAACACCAUACAGUACAUUUGGACAAGUGAAGGAGUUGAGUGAACAAGUCAACUACAAAUUCAAGCAAAUGAGAGGAGCUGCCUCUUGUCCAUUCAUACAUUGUUUGCUAAACCUCACUGGAGAAAAACAUAUAUAGCCACAUGGUAACAUUUUUUCUUCAUUCAAUUCAGAUGUUUUAUUUUUUUAACAAUACAUUAACCAGGUGCCUCAUUUUGAGCCAACCAACAAACAAUUUUCAUCUACAUUGGUGCCUUGAGAUGUGAGUGUAACUGAAACCAUUUUCCCCAUUGAAAUGAAUGGAAAUGGCAUGAACCGUUCCAGUCUCCCCACAAAAGACUCAAAUCAACCAACAAUUUUUUUUAAAAAAGAAAAUAGCACCUAUAAUAUUGUACUCUAUAAAAGCAUAGCGAUAACAUCAUGAAAUAUAAAUUGCCAGAAUUACACAGAUCGUGCGUCAUAAUUUAGUGAUUCAAUUCAAUCUGUAGCAUGUUCUGGUGCUUGGCCACUGCUGACAGUUUAAUAAAUAAAGACAAAGCAGAGAGUGGCUCUUCUUUCUCCGCAUCUACAUUGUCACUAUUCUCAGUGACUCAAAGCUGCGAUCAUAGUGUUUUGUUUUUUUUUGACAGAGCAUACAGAAUAUAGGCCUGUGAGUAUUCUUGUUUGUCUAUAUUUGUUUUCAAAUAUCCCUUGCUUAAAGGUUUGUAAAACCUUAACAAUUGAUGCCAAUCAUUUGCAUUUCACAAAGUCAACCUUAAUGUUAUUAUAAAAUGAAAAACAUUUUAUAAUAACAUUAAGGUUGACUUUUCUUUAGGCCGUUGUUAGGUUGUUUUCAAGCCAAAAUGUAAUUUGUUUUGUUUUAUAUUUAGUUUGACACUGAACUGGGAUUAGCAUUAAACAGCUGGAAAUCUCCUUUUGAAAAAAUGUUCAACAUUUUCUGAACUGCUGCUUAUUGUGAAGUGAGCUGAGUUAAAUCUAGUGCCACCAGUAAGCGCCUGUACCUCAUUUUUGGUCCGCAAGUAAAUGGGAAAAAAAACAAAAAAGGCUGAAUGGCGCUUGUAUCUCAAAAAUGUGUACGUUGGUUCACUCGUAUCUCCAGGCACCACUGUAUUUUACUUUUUCUUCGAGUGGCCAGUGUGAAGAAGUGGCCCAGUCGUUUUUUUCCAUCUAUGUGUCUCUGCAUUCCAUUUUAUGACAGGGAAGCAGCAAUUGUUGCCUCUUUGCCAUAUCACCAAUCAUAAUCUCUGCAGAAAAUGUUAAAUACAAUUGAGUUAAUAAUAUUUAUAGAGAAAAAAAUACAGCUGUACUCAUUUUAAUACCAGUCAAGUGUUCAGCCACUGUACAAAAAGAGUAUUCGCAUAAAUAUAUAUUUUUGAAUAAUCAACUGAAUGCAUCCGUUUUCUACACACACGCGCAGACACGCACACACACAAAUCACACACACACACACACACACACACACACACACACACACACACACACGAUGUCCAUUGAGAUUCUGUCCUUGCUUGUAUCUCCUUUCUUUUACAGCUGUCGCUAUUUGGUAUGUUUUUUCUUCUUUUCUUUUCAAUUGAGUCUGUUCUCUUUGCCUUCAUGGUCAGCAUCUUCAUCUCUCCUUCACUAGUGCCAAACUUGACUUACUGUACUUGCGGUCGGCCGUGACAUUAGCGUUCCAGUAUUGUCAAGGGAACAGCAAAAGUAGCAGACUGGACUCAGGUCAGAGCCAUAUUCAUUAUUUUCCAUGGAGUCCUUCUGGGCCAGAAGUUACUAUUCUGUCCAGUUGAGUUUCAAGUGUUGUCUGCUUUUCUCAGUAUUUCAAACCACCACGUCCUCUAUUAAUUGUGCCAUAAAAAACAUCAAUGAAGUUACCCAUGUGUUGCAUCCAUAUAUGUACAUUUUGUCUAAUGUAACCAUUCACCCUCACCAACACUGGGAGCAACUGAUUUAUGUUGUUAUUUAAAGCUGUCAUAAAACACCACCACUCAAGUA